AAACAGUAUAUAAUGUCACUCACGCACAUGGCGGAAGGAGUAGAGAGAGAAAGAGAGAAGAAAGUGGAUGCAGCUGUUAAUGGUGUCUAUCUUUUGUACUUUGGAGCGCGAUUCGGUCUUCCCGAAGCAAAAGCCAAAUCCUUUCACACCUUCGCUCCCCUACUCGUGACUUGUAUGACAAUAUGAAGCUAAACGGCGUUCUUCUGUUACCUUUAACGACCUUAUCUUCAGAUCCUCUUCGUCCUUAACCGCAACGGACCGUCCAAAAACCCUAAUAUGCUUCGCCGAAAUGCUGUUACAAGAAGCAUACAAGUGGAUAUUGUACGUCCAGACUAGAGAUCAUUCUGACAAUGAUAUUUAUUUUGUAGCGAGGCUUGGUGCUGGUCUUUCAUUCCUUUUUUGAUGGUUAGCAUUUGACGAAGGAUAGGCCAAAGAACUUUAGGAUUGUGAAGAGUUAUAACUCAGCAAAGAUGCUGUUCAACAAAGACAUUGAAGGUCUGCAUGAUGAUGGAUUUGAUGGGUCAGUUAAUGAGACUCAGAUAUUUGCAGACGUGUUCUUCGGAAAUGAGAGCAGUACCAAUAGGUGUCCUGUGGCCGGAGUUAUCAAUUUUGAGGGCGACAUUACUAGCCAGACAGAUGAACCUGGACAUUUGUGUGUUGAGAAUUCCGCAUUGACACUACUUCAUGAUUCUCGUGACGUAAAGGAAGAUUCUAGAGAAGACCCAUGUGAAAAAGAGCUAACCAAUAUUCAUGUGGAAAAGGAAUCUGACCCAUUAACUUCUUUGGAUAGAGUACCUGCAGAUAUAUUACAGCAACCUUCUUUCUGCCCUUCUCAGAGUGUGAUAUGUCAUAUAGUUGAAUCUUCGAACCAAGGUGUUAAAUCAAGUUCGUAUUUGCAGAAGUGUCACGCUGUGCUGGACCAAAGUCACAUGCUUGGUGAAGUGGAUUCAUCAAAAUUAAGAUCGUCUAAAAUAGAAGGAAAUGGAUGGAAGGAUGCAGCUGGUAAAGCAAUUGCAUCACCUGCUUCUCAGGAGAGCUAUGCAACUAAGUUGUUGGUUGGCAGUGCCGCAAAGCCGUCAGGGAUUAGUCGACCACCCAAGCCAAAGUGGAGGGACCAUUGCUUUGUAGAACUGGAUGAAGCUGAAUUGUCAACGAUUAAGGGUUCUCCAAAUGACCCUCGCCCUCUUCUCCGGUACCACAUCCAUCGUUUGCUCAGAGCAGCAGGAUGGGUAGUUGGAAGGCGUAAAAGAAAUAAUAAAUUUCAUGGAAUUGGGGAGUAUGUUUACAAGUCACCUGAAGGAAGACCAAUCCGUGAAUUCUGGAGGGCCUGGACCUUGUGUGGGCAGAGUGUGUUUACUUAUGCAGAUUGUAUUUUGCCAGAAAUGGAUUGUAGGUUGUGGUCUGAUGUGCAUCAAUUUUUGAGUGACCUCUCUGGUACAGUGAUGGAGAUUGAAGAAAAACUGGAUACCUUGGAAACAGCUUCUGCAUUGGCUCGGCUUUGGUGUCUCCUUGAUCCCUUUGCAAUUGUGGUGUUCAUUGACAAAACAUUACGCUUUCUCAAAGAAGGAAAAACAGUUAAAGCCAAAAUGACUUUGGUCACCACUCCUAUUAAAAAUGACACGUUAAAGACUGUGGGCGCUGCAGGAAACCUGUUUGCUGAGAGGUUGUUGCAGAACCAGCCUUGCAGCUCUUCUUUAGUCUCAGAUAGUGCAUUGACAAGUCUUGAGGGAGAUAAAUGGAUCCACAAGGAGUAUGGUGAUGAAAGUUCCCUCAACUUAACAGACUCACAGAUGGGAGAAGGCAAAUAUCUGAAUGGCGUAUAUUAUUAUUAUCCUAAUGAAAGAUCUAUGUGCUUGAGUGAUACUGUCAGUGGCGAUUCUAAUAAAUACAGGAAGCUCUUGGGAAAUGGUAAAGAUGUCCUGGAUUUAGCUCCUUUACCAGUUUGUGGGUCUGAAAGCACCAGUGAGCAUGCUGGAUCUUGUUUGUUUGAGGUUCCUAUUAGUUCAGGAAAUGCACUAAGCUCGCUGAGGGGAGCUAAUACUGUUCUUACUCAGCAAGAUAGCAACAGUAUACCUCUUGCAGCAAGUUCAGUCUUGAAAAGGAAGGCCUCAAAGAAAUCAAAAAAGUUAUCAGAAAUGGAAUUUACUAACGGCUGCCAAGAUGAGAAGUUUGGUACAUCUUAUAAUAAGAGUGGAUUGCAUGAAGUCAGUGGAUCUGAUUUACAAAUACAUUCAAGGCCUAAGGGAUAUUUAGUAGACUACCUGGGGAGAGCUAGAGGUCAUCAAGGGCAGUCCUUCCGUAGUUCAGAGUCUCAGGACAAUACUGAACAGAGCAAUUUUAAGAAGUUUAGGCAGACAUUGGCUAGUUCUAAGCAAUUGAGUCAGUUUAAUGUGCACAUGAAGUUCAACUCUGGGAAUAUUGACAAUGAUAACUCUCUGCGAGGAAAUAUUGAAUUUAAAGCAAUUACAAGUAAGCGCAAAAUUGGGUCAAAGAAACUUAAGACAUGUCGUCUUAGUGAUGACGAUCUCUUAAUCUCAGCUGUAAUUAGAAACAAGACAUGCAGGUCUGGCAAGAAAAGGGGUAAAACUAAACCGCUGAGGAGAAGGAAGAGCCAGAAAAGCGGUUGCAAGUUGCUAUUACGUAGCCUCAACAAGGGUGGAAAGCACUUCAUCGAAGCAAAAUGGCCUACCUUUGCCUCAAGAACAGUGUUAUCCUGGUUAAUUCAUUCUGGGGUUGUUUCCCCAAAUGAAGUGAUCCAGUACCGGAACUUGAAGGACGAUUCUGUGGUAAAAACCGGCAUAAUAACUAGGGAUGGAAUAUUCUGCAAUUGCUGUGACAAGGUGCUAUCCAUCUCUCAGUUCAAAAGUCAUGCUGGUUUUAAGCUCAAUCGUCCCUGUUUGAAUCUUUUCAUGGAGUCUGGUAAGCCAUUUACCUUAUGUCAGCUGGAGGCUUGGUCAGAUGAAUACAAGGCACGGAGAGCUCUUCCUCAAACUGGCCAAGCUGAGGAAAGGGACCAAAAUGAUGACAGUUGCGGGCGAUGUGGUGAUGGUGGCGAGUUGAUAUGUUGUGAUAAUUGUCCAGCUACCUUUCAUCUAGCUUGUUUGUUCACACCGGAACUUCCUGAAGGGAGUUGGUAUUGUCCACAGUGCACUUGCCGGAAAUGUGGGGACGUGGUUAAAUAUAGUGAAGCAUUGAGAUCCUCCAGUGCAUUAAAAUGUUCACAGUGUGAGCAUAAAUAUCAUGAAGCAUGCAGUAAGCUAAGGGUUACAAAAGGUGGAGAAGCCUCUGAUACAUGGUUCUGCAGCGAAAGCUGUCAGGAGGUAUAUGAAGGUCUUCGCUCUCGAAUUGGGCUCAUUAAUCUUCUGACUGAUGGCUUGUCAUGGACUCUUCUGAGGUGCAUUCAUGGUGACCACAUAGUUCAUUCUGCUCAGCGGAUUGCUUUGAAGGCAGAAUGCAACUCAAAGUUAGCAGUUGCCCUUACGAUUAUGGAGGAGUGCUUUCUUCCCAUGGUGGACCCGAGAACAGGCAUAGAUAUGAUACCCCAUGUAAUAUACAGCUGGGGAUCACAACUUGCACGAUUAAAUUAUCAUGGAUUCUACACAGCGAUCCUGGAGAAAGAUGACAUAUCAGUAGCUGUAGCAUCAAUAAGGAUCCAUGGAGUAACAGUUGCUGAGAUGCCCCUUAUUGCAACAUGCAGUAAAUACCGUCGCCAGGGAAUGUGCAGGCGCCUACUGAAUUCUAUACAGGAGGUAAUUUGACCAGGAAACAGUGUUUUGAACUCUGGGGGCCCCGCACAGAUUUUUACUUAUUAUCAGAUGGCACAUAAGCCCUUGGGAAAUGGGCGUAAAUCCCAUGAAUUUUUUAAUAAUACUAAUUAUUAGUAGUAUGAAAAUAAAAAAUAACAAAAAAUGCAUUAAAAUUGUGUAUGAUUUUAAAGAUUAAACAAACCGUUGAAUUAUUUAACAUAAAUGCUUAACAUGCUAAUAAACAUAUGAUGGUAGAGAAGUGUAUAAGAUAUCAUGAGAUACGAGUCAGCUAGAACAUCUUAGCAACCCAAAUAUCA